AUGACCGAAAAAACCGGAAUUAAAGGCUUUGACGUCGCUUUGGUGCCUAUGCAACUGGACGCCUUUGUGCUGAACCCAGCUGUAUGCGGCACAGGCAGAGACGACGACACAACUGCGCGUAUCUGCCCCAUCACUCAACCAAACUACACCUUUCUGAGACUCGAUAGCUUUCUUCUUCAAAGCGAUGUCCAGAAUCAUGUAGCCUUGCACAAUACUGCUCCAGCGUCUAUCAACUCACGAUUGACGGACCUAGGCGGUCGUCCAGAGCCUAAGCCCCUCCGCCAUCGUCACGGUGUCUACGUUCACUGGACUCUGCCUCGCUUUUACAGAUCAGGCGUGUCUUCAAGUGAUUCUGUGCCUGAGUCUAGGAGAAAGGCGGAGAGGCGGAGGCGUGGAAUGGAUGCGGCAUCUACCCCGGCAGGGGACAACUCUUCUCACACCACGCCAGAUUUCUUACAGCCUCCAACACGAUGGAUUGUCAUAAGAAAGAUUGAGCUUGAUGCUAUCAAGCCAGAGAGUGCCAAAGAAGCUUUCAAAGACAAAGAAUAUGAGGCCUGGGUGGUUGACAGUGACUACGUUUGGUCUCUGGAAGACAUCCCCAUCAAGACGGAUCUACAGACAGACGUCGCACCAUUUGUACUCGGAAAAGCUGGUACCGACAUCAACAUUAAUGAGCAAGCCGAAGUCUUUAUUGGGCGAAAGACGCCAUUAGCAGAAUGGACUGAGAAUGAGAACCCUGCUGUUGACCCUCCAGACAUCAGUCUCCUACGGAGUGGGAACCAGCUCUUUGCAGACUUCCAAAUGCACAAUUCCAACGUCUUUAGCAUUCUGGACAACUUUGAGUACGGGGAUAGUAAAGACCCCUCGUAUCUUGACUCGGCUGUCGCAAGCUAUUACGUCCUGGGAUGGCAUUGGAAAGAUGCUGUUGACCCCCUGUGGAAGUCUGGUGGCAAUGUGAUUGAUGGUGCCAAAGUGACUCACGGAGAGAGCCUGCAGUCACUCUUCAUGACACUGAAGGGGACAGACGAGGCAAACCCUGACCCAUGGAUGGGUCUUAGCAGCCAAUUGCGUAUCCUCUGUCACAGUUGCAUAUACGAUGUGACGUGGGAUCAUGCAAACAAGCCCACACAUGUCCCGGCGGAUGAUUUCAGCCAGCGUCUGCGUGACCAGCAACAGGCCGCAGUAGCUGUGGGAACAACGCCAAUGGAUGCACUACUGGCAUACUGUCAUGCGCGCGGAAACACCAGCGAUGAUUCAGAUGAUGUCGCCAAGCUGGAGGAGGAUAUACUCGCUCUUGAAUCCCUCCUUCAAGCUCGUGACGAUGGCGUUGAAGGCCAGCGUGAGGCCAAAGACUCGGUGUAUAACUGGUCUUACACUCGUUCUCCAGGCGGCACGAGAUACUUCUUUGCUGAGUCCGACAGUACGAGCUCCAAUCAGCCAACGGAACCAGAGCCCGCAGCUAUUUCUAUGCUCAAUCAAUUGAACCUCACUCAAGCGCUACUCGACUCAUGCAAUAGAGCCAUGCUCGAUUACCGCUGGGAUAUGUUUUCCCUUUGGUGGAAAUAUGCCAGUGAUCUUGGACAGAGCAAUAGCCAAGGGAAUGACCAGAAUCAGGGGUUCAAUCGAGAAGCUGGAAGAAUCUCCACUCGUAUCAAUGGACUCCAGACACGCAUUAAACAGCUUGAAACGCAGGUUGGUAAUCUGUUGACGUCUAACCUCUUGGCACAUAUUGAGUCCACAAGUGAGCCAGUUUUCUACGGUGGAAAUGAUCCCACUGUUCUUAUUGGAGGCAUUCCGUCUGGCUGGGCUCUCGAUUACCUCGACAAUCUCUCUAUCCGAGCGCCGUACCAGACAAUUGCGACUGGCCAAGAUCUACCGAGUGGCCUCAAUACACUCGCUGACCUUAUCAACGCCAAGCUACCCUCAGUCUUCGGAGCGGCGAGCAAGGCACUUCUCACCGAGUUCCAUAUCCUCAGACCUGAAGGCCAUGACUCGGGCACGGCACCCGAAGGGACAUUUUACCCUCAAUUCCACGACCAACUGACUACCGACCAGAGAUGGCGUGAUAGAUCGAGUGGAAGACAGCCCUGGUUUCCUCUCUACGCCGAGUGGGAAGUGGAGUACACGCAUAUACCCUUUGAGUUCUGGAAGCUGGAUGAACACUCAGCGCGUCACUCUGAGAACAAGCUGGCCAGGUAUGGAAUCACAGUGCCGUAUAAUAGCGAGACGCCUCCUCCCCUCUGGGAUGCUCUUUCUAGAUGGCAAGGUGCCAAGGGACAGGAUGUUCGCGUCUUGUCUGGACGUGUGUUGAUUCUGCCGCAGCCGAGCUUCGCAUUGGGUGCAAAGAUCAAGCAGCUGUUCCAGAACACACCGCCCAGUAUCCUCGACGAAUUUCUACCAGAGGAGGAUCGCACCAACUUGCUUGCAAAUGUCAACGAACUUUCUUAUCUAUCCUCCCCACUAUCAGGCUUUAUCAGCGGUCUUGUCACUCAGGCAGAGGGUAGUCAUCUCAAGCCCGAGAACAAAGUCGUCGGACCUCAAGGGGAUUCAAGCUAUGUCCUCAACGCAGCAGCCUUCAAUCCAGCUGGUCUGACAGAGGAUAGGCUGAAACUCAUCGAUGGCAACUCAGCCUUGACACCCUACGCCGCACUGGUGAAUUUCACGGACAGCGAGCAUUGCCCUUUUAAGCCUGUGACACACGGACAGUUCAGGUUCCGCAAGUUUAAUGUGAUCGACAAAUUUGGACAGACCCUCAUGGCUGUUGACCAAAAGCCGCGUGUUGCGGGGCUACCACCUGUUUAUCCCUGUAUAAGCAACUUUUAUGCACCGCAGGAGGUCACCUUGGAUGGAAAGAAGUAUGCCAACACGGUCAUACAGGACAGAUCUGACCAGACAGAGUUCAUUCAACUACCGCCUCAAAUGAAUCAACCUGCCCGGAUCAAUGCCAAGUUCGUCACACGUACUGCCGAUGAUCUAGGUGGCUCGCAGGGCUCAAUGUGGCGUCCUGUCACAGAAUGGGAAUCGCCAAUAUGGGGAUGGGUCAUCACCAACUACGCCGACUAUGGCAUCCAGUUCUUCCUCCCUAACGGCACCUUUUACCGCGAGGUUCGAGUCGGUGGUCCUUUAGGAACUCUCCAGUCUCCCAAGUGGCUACCUUUCAGCCCUGACCCAGAUUCACAGCCAACACCUGACACACGGGAGCUUGAUGCCCUUAUCUCCAAAUUGGUAGACCCACAAUACCUUCUUGGGUUCUGGGGCAUGAUAACAACGGCGCAGCAAAAGCUACCGCCAGCUCCAGGUGCUUAUGCACAGUUCCUCAACUCUAUCGUAGGCAAGCCACUCGCACUUGUUAACACUGGCUGGUCUGUCGAGCUGAGUGGACCGCCUCUUGAGAUACAAAGCACUUUGAGCAAAGUGACGGAUCCUGAGCGCACAUUGCUGAAGCCAUCGGACCCUGAUAGCAAGACCCCAUUCUACGAGCUUCAGUUACGGCUGGGAAAUGAGGAGGCUGGUUACGAUGGACUUGUCGGCUACUUUGACACCACAGCUCCUGGCUCUGAUCAGCUGAACUAUGACAAGAUAAAGACCUUUUUCUUCCCAGAUGCUCAACCCACGGAGCCGUUGAUCGGUUUGGAUACCGAGCAGUAUCCAGUUUUUGAACCAUUCUGGCAGCCUCCAUUCUCUGAUAGUUCGGCUGUCAUUGACCCCGUUGCCUUUGAAGAUCAACGCAAUGCCCGUAUGUCAAUAUUUGGUGCUAUACUAGACCCAUUCACACCAGUCCACGCAUACUCGUCAUUUUUGCCAGCUGCGGAACUACUCUUACCUCCAUGGACGUGGCAAAAGGCCAUGGACACCAUGACAGCUUUCUUCCACGCGGGCCCUCUAACAAUGCCCGUCAAUGAUGUACCUGGUUAUCUUGACGCGGAGAAGCUGACCAGCCAGAACGCUAGAGAUGUCCCGAUGCGCACUUUACUGCUCCCUUCUCUUGGUGGUGGAGACUGGAGUUGGUUCCAACCUUAUGCCGAGGGGCAGUCUGCACGUGGAACGAACCAGGGGGAUGAUAAUAAAGAUUCUCAGGCUGUUUAUAAUGCUUUUGGUAUUGAGAAGAAGGGUGAUUUGAUGACACCUGCGUUCCAGGAUGGGCCUUACGCUGCUAUUGAGGGGUUUUUGCAGCUGAGGAACCCGAUCAUGGCGCCUGCAAAGCCCUAG